AUGUGUGAUGCUUUCUCGAAUUACCCAGAGGUCCUAACAUUGUCAAGUCAGACUAUACAUUCUGUUAUUCAAGCACUCAAAAGUGUUUUCGCGAGACAUGGCGUCACAAAAGUAGUUUUCAGUGUUAAUGGUCCAUGUUAUAGCAGCAGAGAAUUCAAAGAUUUUGCAUUUGAGUGGAAUUUUCAACAUGUGACCAGCAGUCCACGCUAUCCACAGUCAAACGGACUCUGUGAAAGAACCGUUCAAACUGUCAAAAAUAUGUUCAAAAAAUGCAAGGAAAGUGGAGAAGACGUCAACAUGGCAUUGUUAGUCUACAGAAGUACACCUAUGGAUAAUGGGAAAUCCCCUGCUGAAAUGUUGAUGGGAAGAGAACUUGUGUCAAACUUACCUUCGAGUGAACUCAAGGAUAAAGCUAAACACCCUGAUGUUAAACUCUGGAGAAAUCAACAGAAAAUGAAACAAAAGCAUUUCUAUGACAACCGUAACCAUGUUAAAGCAUUGACCACAUUGGAUCGCGGGAACCAGGUACUCAUUCAAGAUUCAAAUGGUUAUUGGAAAGACCAUGCUACAGUCAUGGGAAAGUGA